AUGCCGUCACCGUUCGUGCCGUUAGUCUCCGUCUGCACAGUCGUCGUCAUGUUCUACUACGUCGUUGUAAGUGUCUCUUCCCUCUUUGUCGGUUUCUCGCGCUUUCAUGGUUGGUUUGGAUCGGACUUAAGUAGGGUUAUAGGAAGAGUCUUAGGGAGAGAAGUAAGUCACGAUGCUGAUGAAGUUCCCAAGCAGCAAAGACCCACAACAUUUGCACGUAGACAAUGGGAAGCUGCACCUAUUGAUAAGAAUGUUGAGCAUGUGGAUCGUGCAGUUGACGAGGUUCAUGAACAGCCUAAAGUACCAGUUACUAAUGCUGAGGGUUUUCUAGGUAAACCCUACGACACAUCAGUUUUGAUGGACUAUGUUCAUCAUAUGAUAGUGAUAGUUUGGAAUAGAGAGGAACAUCUUGAGUUGAAGUUGUCCUCCCAUGAAAGGAAGGUAGAGAAAUUUGGCAGACCUGCUCUAGAAAUUGAAGGCUUAGUGGCUGCCAUAGGAUUAAGUCCUCUAAUUGCUUUUUCGUUGGACACUGAUGAUCGGAGACUUAUUUUUGCAUUUGCAGAGAGGUGGAAACUAUGGACUGUAGCAGCUCGAGCAUAUCUCUUGCAUCUGGUAGGUUGCACACUCUUUGCUAACAAGAGUGUCACACACGUGCAUGUGGUAUUCUUGGAUGCAUUUCGUGACCUGAGCCAGACAGGAAGCUACGCAUGGGGAGCUGUUACACUAGUCCAUAUGUAUGAAAAUUUGAAUGAUGCGUCAAAGAGCAGUGUUAGGCAACUUACAGGAUAUAUCACACUAUUACAGUGUUGGAUCUACAAGCAUUUUCUUUCUGUUACUUCUUCUAUUGUUGCUUGA